AUGGUCAAAAUCGCAAUUGCAGGCGGUGCUGGAAACGUAGGGCAAGAGUGCAUCGAUGCUCUCCUCGCCACGAAGAAGCACGAGAUUGUGAUUUUCACACGCAAGGACGUCCCCGCCGAGACUACCGACUCGCCCGUCAAACGGGUGAAAGCCAACUACGAAGACGUGGCUGAACUGACUAGUCAUCUACAAGGCGUAGACGUAGUACUAUCUUUCAUCGCGCCACUGGAUCUGCAACAAGGGGUUACCUUCCAGAAGAAUCUCAUCGAUGCCUCAAUCAAGGCUGGUGUAAAGCGUUUCGUACCCAGCGAAUGGGUCUCAUCUACCUUAGAGCACACGCCGUGGUAUUCGUUCAAGGACACGAUACGCGAACACCUAGCCGAGAUCAACAAAGACAGAAAAGUCAUCGAGUACACUCUUUUCCAGCCUGGUCUCUUUUCCAACUACUUAACCGUUCCAUACAAGUCAGCCAAACAUCUCACGCCGCUCCGGAUGAUUUACGAUUUCGAGAAUCGUAGGGCCAUCAUGCGAGAAGGCGGGGAUGACGAUACCAUCGUCUUGACUACGGUACAAGAUCUCGCCGGCGUUGUCGCGCGGGCAAUCGAUUACGAGGGCGGAUGGCCGGUCGUGGGCGGCAUUCGAGGCUCGCGCAUUUCCAUCAAGGAGCUCAUUGCUCUUGGCGAAGAAAUAAGAGGUGGACCCUUUGCCAUCGAAAGACUCUCCAACGAGGACCUGAAAAACGGGAACUGGACUGCCUCCUGGUUACCGGAAUUUGAACAUAAUGCCGUCCCACCGGCGAUGGCUGGGGAGAUGGCAAAAAUGGUACUGAUUGGCUUCACUAAGGCUUUUGGGGCAGGUGCCUUCGAUGUGGGAGAUGAAUGGAACCGAUUGUUGCCCGAUUAUGAGUUCACGGAUGUGAGGACGUUUUUGCGCAAGGCAUGGGAGGGGAAGCCGUGA